AUGAGGUUCUCAUCAUUAGGGCGUCUCGCCCUUCUCGCCUCGUUGCCGGCCUUCGUUGCGGCCGAGCCUAUGCUCACGUCCAAUUCCUUGAACACCUGCCAGGACGAUUCGAGUUUCACGGCCAGUCUUUUCAACGUCGUCUACACACCCAAUAACAACUCGGCGUCGGUAGAUAUUGUGGCCACUUCGUCGGUAGAGGGUAAUGUCGUCUUCGACGUCGCUAUUUCGGCCUACGGUUAUCAGAUUAUUCGCACGACGGUUGACCCCUGCAAGGCUGGCUUGGCGGGACUGUGUCCCAUGACUGCCGGAAAGAUCCCUUUGAACUUCAACUUACCCGUCGGCGCAGAUGCCGCCUCACAGAUUCCCGGUAUUGCCUACAACUUCCCUGACCUGGAUGCCACAGUGCGUGUGUUCCUGAACAUGACGGACACGGGUAAGAGUGUGGCCUGUGUCGAAGCUGAUAUUUCCAAUGGAAAGACGGUUGAUCUGAUUGGAGUGAAAUGGGCUUUGGCAGUUAUCGCCGGCCUCGUUCUCGUUGCUUCCGCCAUUGUCAACGGCUUGGGACACUCCAAUGCCGCUGCGCACAUCGCUUCCGGUGCCCUCUCGUUGUUCGGCUACUUCCAGGCCCAGGCCAUGAUUGGCCUGACCGCCGUCCACAUGCCUCCUGUCGUGCGUUCAUGGACACAGGAUUUCCAGUGGUCCAUGGGUAUCAUCAAGGUGGAAUUCAUGCAGGACAUCUUCACCUGGUACCAGCGAGCGACUGGUGGCACUGCUUCCACCAUCUUUGACUCGUUGACCACCGUGUCCGUCCAGGUCGAGAAGCGCGCCAUUCCCGACGCCGCUGUUAACUUGUACCGCCGAGGAGUCGCCGCCGUCCCGAGAGUUGCUACUUCCCUCAUGAGGCGGGCAAAUGUGCAGACGGGUUCUGGAAGUUACAUCGUCUACGGUAUCCAGCGUGUUGCGUUCAAGGCCGGCAUUGAAACGACGAACCUGUUCAUGACCGGUCUGACAUUCUUCUGCCUGUUUGUCGUUCUCACGAUCUUGGGCGUUGCUGCUUUCAAGGGCUGGUGCGAGCUGGCAGCUAAGAAGAAGUGGAUCAAGCCUGACACCUUCCUCGAGUUCCGAAACGGGUGGCUUACUGUCCUCAAGGGCAUUCUGUUCCGUCUCACCCUCAUCGGAUACCCCCAGAUGACUAUUCUCUGCUUGUGGGAGUUCACCCAGGUCGACUCGCCUGCCGAGGUGGUUUUGGCCGUCUUCUUCUUCUUUGGCAUGACGGCAACUCUGGGUUGGGCCGCCUCCAAGGUGAUCCGCAUUGCACGCAGAUCUGUUGCCAUGCACCGCAACCCUGCCUACAUCCUGUUCUCUGAUCCCCAGGCCUUGAACAAGUGGGGAUUCCUGUACAUCCAGUUCCGCGCCUCGGCGUACUACUUUAUCCUUCCCGUGCUCGGAUAUCUCAUCAUCAAGGGCAUGUUCAUCGCCUUCGCGCAGAAGAGCGGCACCGCCCAGGCCGUUGGUCUGCUUCUCAUCGAGGCCGGCUGGCUUGUCGCCGCCAGUGUCAUGCGACCAUGGAUGGACAAGAGCACCAACACUUUCAACAUCGCCAUUGCGGCCAUCAACUUCAUCAACUCGAUUUUCCUUUUGAUCUUCUCCGACGUUUUCAGCCAGCCGCCCUUGGUCAACGGUGUGAUUGGUCUGAUUCUCUUUUUCCUUAACGCCAUUUUCGCCUUGGUUCUCCUCCUCAUGGUCAUCGUCAGCACCAUCCUGGUUUUCUGGCGCAACAACCCGGACACCCGUUACCAGUUCAUGGCUGAUGAUCGAGCCUCCUUUAUGAAGUCUCAAAGCCAGUUGACGGGCACUACCGAAUUGGACGCCCUCGCUGCCACCGCUCGCGGAGAUAAGGGCGGAUACAAGCCCGGUCUUGAUCUGGAUGACGACAACGAAUCGAUAUCAUCGGAGUCGAUGCGUCGCCGGACAGAUACCUCACUGAUGGGGGCGCCCAACCACGCCGGCUCCGGCUCUCUUCGCGGCAACAUGAACCCGCCGCGGUCACCUGUGGACCCAUCCGUACCUCUGUUCCCGGCCGCUGGAGGCCCCCCACGAGCACCGAGUCCGUAUGGCAACAACCCAGCGGCGUUCCGGGCACAGCACAAUGCCAGCCCAUGGCAACGAGGCGCCGGCUAUGACCACUAG